AUGAAUAACAAUAAUAAACGAAGAAAACCAUUGUUGUCAUGUUUAAGGCGUCAGAUACGUCGUAUUAUUGCUAGUAAUGAUCAGUCAAGUUUACUAACAAAUGAUAAUUCUUUUGAUUCUGAAAGUAGUAGUAGUUCUGACAACAAUGAUGAAACUUAUAAGCCAUUACAAACAGUCGUAUCAAACAAUUUUGAAAUUAGUACAAAUAAAAUUUUAUCAAAUAACGAUGAUUUUGUAUUAAACAAUGAUUUAGCAGAUUCAUCUGCAUCUGAUUCAUCCUCUGAUCAUCUUAUUUUGUCUGAUGAAGAUUCCAAUUUAACACCAAGUCAUAAUAACUCAGUUCCUAAUGAAUUGAAUAGGUCUAUACAACAUUUAGAAGAAUUUGAAUCUAGUCUUAGAGUUUGGGCUAUAAAUAACAAUAUUACUCACUCAGCAUUAUCUCAGUUAUUAGUUAUAUUUGUAGGCGUAAAAAAAAAUAAUGUGAUGGCCAAAAGAAUAAUUUACACGAAAUUAUAA